CCGAGCUCCAACUCGGUCCUCUUCAUUCUAGAAUUAAGUGCCGCUGCAGUCGGAGUCGCAGCCAGUUGGCCACAUACAUGUAAAACGAACACAAGUCCGUGCUUUCACCGAACACCCGGAACAAUAAGUAACGGAAAUCGGAACACGAACCGUAACCGUUAAAGUUUUUUUCUGUGUGCUAUAGAGUUGUUUGGCAAAGAACGGUUAAACAGUUAAACAGUGCAAAAUCAAAUCUACCUUAAGUUUUUUUUUAGGAUACACACAAUGUGCGUGUGCAGUGAAAUCAAGUGAAAAGCCAAAAAUCAGAUAAAAAUCAACUUUCAAAAUUAAAAAGUAGAAAACUUAAGCCUCCAGAGAAAAUCUAGGCUAAUAACUCGAGUACGCAGUUAGAAGAAAGCCAGCGCUAGAGGGCGCCCCUGCAGGCGUGUGUGUAACGGAAUUUCCUAAAAGUAUAAAAGGGAGUGAAAGGGGGAGAGAGAGAGAAAGGACCGUGAAGUAAGGACGAACAUUGUGCGAGAAGGAUGGACAGCUCGCCGGAUCUGUCGCUGAAAUUGCGACGCGGUUCAAGCGAUUCGCGGGAUAACUUUUACAUGGACUUUGCCCAGGGCAUUGAUUCGGAUAUCGAGGAGGUGGACAACACGGCCAAUCCAGAGCAGCUGGAGGUUCCACCGCCGCCGCUGCCAACAGUUUCGCUAGCAGAGGAGGUCCUGCUCCUGGUGGCACCACCGCCGCCUUCCUUACUGGGUCAACCGCUGCCGACGCUAACGGAAACGGAUGAUAUUCCACCCACACCCACACCGCCCCCGCAGCAGAAGGACGAGGAGGAGGAGGAGGAGCCAGAGGACCCAGAUCAAGACCAGGGCGUAGUAGCUGCCCAUUCGCCUUCUGGUUCCCCCAUCAACUCGGUCCUGGAACUGGAGCUAAUACCACCUCCUCCUCUGUCUCUCAUGGAGGACACGGGACUCCGCACUGAUGACGAUGGCGAGGAUGCCGACGAUGUCGGGGAGGUAGCGGCCAUCCCACCACCCCAAGAAAUGCUCGAUGAGGACAAUAAUCCGGAAGAAGAAGACGAACCGGAGGAAAACCCCGAUGAGGAGGAGGAGGAAGAUGAUAAGUCCACACCACCACCUCCCCUGCCACCACUGCCAUCGAAUCUCUCCUACGUGCAGGGCCACAGCCUCGGCCAGGGCCAGGUGACCCCGCCCCUGACCAAGUCACCAUCCACCUCGCCCUCCCCUCCCGUGACACCGCCUCCCUGCCCGGAACUGAACAUCAGCCGGAUGGUCUCGCCGCCUGCCCAGCACAUCAGCCAGAUACCACCACUCACGCCCUCCGACGAGAGCGAGGGCGAGGCGGAGUCCCAGCCGAACUCGCCGCCACCCAGAUUGGAGGCCGAGAAACCGCCGCCGGAGAUGGAUCAGGAAGACCCGGAGGAUAUGCAGCCCGAACCAGAACCGGAACCGGAACCUCAACCGGAACCCGAGCCGGAGCCCGUUAGCGGCGCUCGCGAAGAUUACAGCCGUUCGCUGGACAACGAAGACGAGUCCACUACCAUAACCACACCGCCAAGCAACGGCUACUCCGCCUCCUCCAUCAUAGCUCCUCCGCCCGAGCACUUUGCAGAGCUGGACGAGGACAGGGGCUUCAUACCGCCACCGCCGUUGGAGCAGGAGCCCGAGGAAGAGGAGGAGGAGGAGCUGACCAAGGGCACGGACGAGAUAUCCGUGGACAGGGAGUCGCUGCAGGAUCCGGCCGGCGACAGCAUCAGUUCACCGCGCCCGGCCAGCAUUCUGACGGGAUCCAUUUCCACAUCCGUCGGCGGGGAAGGCGGCUCUCCGAAGCCCGAAAGUCGCGGGCCGAGUCGCAGUGGCAGCCAGCGGUCCCAGCCGCGGUCGGGAUCGCAGCAGGGUUCGAUGCCAGGAUCACGGGCUAGCUCUCGCAUUGGAUCCCGCUCGGGAUCCGUGGCCUCCGCCCAGGCAGCCGGGGUCUUCUCGCCGCAGGCGUCCCUGAAGUCGCAGGCCUCCGUUCGCUCGCAGGGACACGCGUCGGUGCGGAGUCCCGUGGGAUCCAUCAAGUCCGGAUCGCAGCGCGUGCAGAGUCCGCCCGCCGGAGAGGGUGCUCCGGCGAUGCCCUCGCCGCCGCUGAUGCGUAGUCCGCCCCCGGAGCUGGCCCGCCAGAUGCACAGUCCGCCGAGGAUCACGACUCCGCCGAGGGUCUGCAGUCCGCCGCUGGUCAGCAGUCCGCCGAAGCUGGCCGAGACCGCGGCCGCUGCCGUGGGCGUCGCAGCCGGAGUCAAGGAGCAGUCCGGUUCGAGCAGCAGUGCCGCCGAGCCACCGGAGCCACCGAAGCCGCAGGCGGAGUCAGCAGCGCCGCCGAUAGCCACCGUGAGCUACCAGGAUGAGCAGAAGCCGCCGGCUUCCUCGGCAGCACCACCAGUGGUCACCAGCCAGCCGCGGGCGCACUUCACGAGCAGCCACCACCACUACCACUUGCCGCACCAGUUCCAGCAUCCGCACCACCAGAACCACCACACCCACAGUGUGCGGGUGCCCACGCCCACCGUGCCGAGCAGCUACGCCCCGCCCCCGCCCCCGCCAGGGGACAGCGGGAGCAGCAGUUCGCCCGGCGACCGCCGGCGGCUAUUCAUGGCCGCCUCGGCCGCUCCGGUCGCUCCAGUGGCCAGCGGCUCCCUGGCGGCCGCGCCCGCCGAGCCCGUGGUGGCCAUCUCGCCGGGCAGGAUCUCGGCCCGCUCGGGAUCGCAGCACCACGUCACCAUCGACGAGUCGAGCCUGCCCAGCCACAAGGGCAACAUCCAGGAGACCCCGGGGCCCAGUGGCCUCAUCAUCGGUGGCGGAGAUGGGGACGGCGAUCGGGACAUCGGAGGCGGUGGGGGAGGCGGAGGACCCGACAGCUCCGACCCGCCAUCCUCGCCCGGAGGCAGCAGCUCCCAGCCGGCGCUGAGUGGGAGCCAGGCGGACGGACAGCUGGCCCUGAUGUACCACUCGCACCAGCUGACCAACUACCCGGUGCUGCCCGCCAUCAAGCGCACCCACCGGCCCUCCUUCGUCUAUCCGCCGAUGCCGAGGGUCAAGGCCGGCGAUGCCCUGGCGACCCUCUUCUCCGCCCUGUACGGCAAGCUGUUGGUGGUUAUGGGGAUAGCCUUUCCCAUGGCUGAGGUUAUAUCAACCUACAUCCCACCUUCCUUCUAUGAGGUGUACUAUUUGUACUUGUACAUCGGCAGCAUGAUAUUCCUGCUCUUCAUGUACGCCACCUUGCUGUGGGGACGCCCCAAACUGCCGGUGCCAAUUGCCACCUCGCCGAACAAGUCGACGACGAAGGCGAGUGGAACGGACAGCAUGGACGAGUCGGACACGGACAGCAACUCCGUGCACCACCGCCUUCCCCCGCCGAUCCCCGUGCGGCGACCCUCGCUGCUGGCGCCCCUCGGAAGGCGGGACGCCCACUACGGCAGCUUCUAUCUGCGCAUGGGCGCCGUGGCCUUUGGAAUCGGCAGCAUGAUCUACUCGGGCCUGGAGUUCGGGCAGUACUUCGAACUCAACCCGGACACCAAGUGCCACAACGUGCUGCUGGCCCUGACCCCGGCCACCCGGAUGGCCUUCAUCUUCAUCCAGAUGUACUUCAUCUUCCUGAACAACGAGCAGAUCAAGGUCUACCGCUACAAGAUCAUCGCCCGCUUCGGCCUGAUGCACAUGAUCGGCACGAACCUGGCCGUCUGGCUGAACGUGCUCAUCCAGGAGACGAAGCACGAGAUCCUCACCUUCUACAACCCGGAGAACCGCACGCUGAGGAUCUCGCACCGGAUUCCGGGGCAUUCGCGCGGCCACGCCAUCAUCCAGCACGACCCGACGGCCCAUCUGCGCGUGCCGCGCGGCCUGAAGGGCCCCUACCAGAUCUUCGAGUGCCGGCGGACGAACAUCAUCGGGACGCUGGUGCAGGACGCGUCGCCGUUCCUGUUCCCCUGCACCAUCGAGUACUCGCUGAUCUGCGCGGCCAUCCUCUACGUGAUGUGGCGGAGCAUCUCGCGACCCCAGACGCCGGCGCCGCAGCGGCCGGACAUGAUCAGCUCGCCGAUGAAGCGGUCGCCGCACCACUACUCCGUGGACUGCGCCCGGGCGCACAAGGGCCUCUUCGUGGGCAUCCUCAUCCUGGUGCUGACCAUCAUCUCGCUAAUCAUCUUCUUUGUGCUGAUCUCGCGGCCGGAGUUCGUGGCCAUGGCCGUCACGGAGGUGACCAUCUGCGAGCUGCUCAUCUACGGCACGGCCACCAUCGCCACGCUGGUGGGGAUGAUCCAGAUCCGGCAUCUGCAGUACGACGCCUACCGCAGCUUCUCGCUGGACGACAUCCUGCUGGUGGGCGCCCAGACGGGCUCCUUCCUGUACAACAUCUUCACGGUGAUCGCCGGCCACUUCACCCUGCGCAGCGACGACAUGCUGGUGCCCAUCAAUGCGCUGGCCUCGAUCGUGCAGACCGCCUGCCAGACGAUGUUCAUCCUGGACGCCAGCCGGCGGCAGGCCGUCAGCCCGGAGCACCUGCGCAAGAAGCCCGGCAGGGAGAUCGUCACGUUCAUGCUGGUGGUGAACCUGGCCAUGUGGGCCAUCAGCACCCUGGAGAAGUCGCGCGCCGAGUCGCACCCCAUCCAGCUGAACUUCUACGGGCUGUGGGCCUGGACGAUCAUCACGCACGUCUCGAUGCCGCUGGCCAUCUUCUACCGCUUCCACUCGACCGUGUGCCUCUGCGAGAUCUGGAAGCGGGCCUACAAGCUGAAGCCCACGUACAUGUGAGAGUUCGCCCGCUCGCGCAUCCAGAGCAUUGCGCAGCAGCAGCAAUUCUGCGACGACCUCAAGACGAACCUGUCCUACUGCUACUGCUCCACGACGCUGGCUGGCGGCGAGCUGGAGACCGUCGAGGAGGUCGACAGCGGCGAGAGCGGCGGUAGCAACUCUGCGGAGGAUGGUGGACCAGCGGGAGCAGUGGGAGUAGAAGGAUUAGAAGCAGGAUCAGGAACAGAAGCAGGAGCAGGAGCGGAGGGAGCACAGGACAGGACUGGCGGCGGCAGCAGCUGCGGUGGCCAACUGAGGCCACCCGUCCGGGCGCUGUCGCCGCAGUCCCUCAACACGGAGAAGGCCUUCUGUCCGGUUUACGUGAUCAACGGCGAAUGAGUUUACGCGCACUUUGAGUUCAUCGACGCGAUCAGCGGCCAUGAGCUCAGCUUUGUCUAGGGCUUGCAUCCGCUGGGGAGCACCGCACCACCACCAAUCGACACCAAUCCACCCACCAAGAGAACUAAGAGCCCAUCUUCGAGAACCACCAAAUCCAAAUCAAAGUCCAGAACACAAACACAAACAGCAAGCGGAUGCAAGUGUGGAAGCCCUGAAAACAUAUCCUAGAGCCACCUAGAGAAACGUUAGAAAGCAAAGUUAGGUGACAGUGUUAGAAUUGAGGGAGAUUGUCAAAGAGAUUCAAGGAGAUCUUAGCCCCUGUAGCGGAGGUACAUCGAUAGGAGAACCCCAAGCAAUGUAACUAGGGCGUAUACGCAAUGCAUUUCCGAACAAUUGUCACUAGGGCGUAUACGCAAUAUAUUCACCUUUUUACCAACAACUGUUCUCGAGAGUUGAUAUCAAGUGAAAACGCGUUGAGCUCGUAUUGGAGAGGCAAAGCUUAUGAAAUGCAAGUAAAACGAACCAGAAAACCAUAAAAUCCCUGACAUUUUAUGUUUGCCUUUGCAAUGACUUCUGUUUUACUCAAUCAAGCGCAGUAAGAGCGAUAUAAAAGUUAUUGUAGGCAUAACACGUACCGUAGAUAAAUUCAUGUGUAGCCCUUGCAUUCGAACCCAAUCAAACCAAAGCAGAGAUAUCUCGUUCGACAAAUGUUGGAAGGCGUCGUGAGCAAAUAACUAAACAGCAUUUUAUAUAUUUAUAUAUAGCACUUGACUGAGGAUCAGCAAAUCGGGUUGUGAACCAACCGCAUUACGACGCAAACUAGCGAUAGGCCGGACAUAUGAAUAACCCCAAAGGCGAGUUCUUUAAAUGAUAUACACAAGGAUAAUUAGUCGGCGUUCCAAGGCAUACUUGAUAUAUCUCAGAAACAUAUAGUUGGCGAGAGAAACCCAAAGGAAGGAGAGGAGAGUUAGUGAAGAGCGAGGAGCAGAGGAGUAAGGACAGGAGAGUCAUUCACCCCACCAGAAAUCGAGGAACCGCAAAAGUUAUUAGACAACGCUGUACUACAAAGUAGACGGUUCACAUAGCCUAGCACCUAAGGAUAAAUACUCACAUGCAUAUGUAGAUGUUCAGCCCAGAUUGCAAGAACGGAAAAAAAGGAAGAACCCCCUUCGAGUCCCCAUGAAUACCCAUGAAUCAUUUGAGCCCCUGUUGUGAUUCCUGUUUCCUGAUUUUUAGCAUACUCGUAGCGUUUAACUGAAUUUGUUAACUUAACUUCGAAGUAAGAGACAUCUUGUUAGGAACCUUGUUUCGCCCAAAUAGGUUUUUAUGUGAUACGUUUGUGCUUGUUCCAGGUCCAAAUCUACAUAGUAACCCCCGCGAAUCCCACUUCAGUAUUAUGAAAGCUCAAAAGACAGCUGUAGAAGGACAAAUCAAGAGAUUGCGAAGGAAAUUCCAAUGAAUCACUUACUGUAAGACGCACAAAUCUAUUUAAGAAGGUAGAAAUAUGUAUGUCUGUGUUUUUUUUGUCUACCAUAAUGGUAUAAGCAGAUAUUUAGGAUAUAGACUCCACUUACACAUACAAUGCGAUAUACAUUUUUCAAUGCCAAAGAGUUCUUUACGUAGCCUAUGUUCAUGUUUGAUUGCUUUCCCGUUGAGUUCGAGUUUUUUGAAUCUACUGACUCAUCCAUUGUACAUUCAAAGUUUUACGAAUGCCAAAUCGAAAUCAAAACCAAAAACACGAACAAAAAUCUUAAGGAACAACAAAAUAUAUAUAUAUUAAAUUAGUUAUUUCAAUUUUAUACUCGUACUAAAUUUUUAACUAGAAUUAACUGCAAAUUUAUAUGCAUUUUCUUACAUGUAUUUAUUGUACACCGUCUCGGAACACUGCUCAAAAAAUCGCACAUUCAGCGAAAAAUCAAAAUUGGAAAUUGUAUUGUAUUUACAGCUGAUUAUAUUAUAUUAAAAUUUAUUGAAACUAAGUAGUUACGACAAGAGAUCGAACUCACUAGAGGAACUCCUAUUCCACGUAGAAUCGAAACGAUAAACGAAACCAGCAAAGGGACAUUUUAUCCAAAGCGAAUAAAAGCGAAUAAAAUCCAAAAAAACAAUCGAAAUAUUCAAGUUAUACCCGAAAACCAUUAUAUGUUCUUAUAAAACUCAAAAUGGAAAAUCCAAAUAAACGUAGUAAUCGUAAUUAUGGGACUUGUAAUUCUAGCAGAGAUCUGAAUUUUCGACCCCUUCUCUUCUUUAAACUACGUAUCUAUAAAUGGUUCAGGCAGUCAUUGAAAGAUAUUUUUUGUGUCUAGAUGUUCUGUCUGUUCUUUCCUCAAUUUCCUCUCAAAUAUUUCUUUGGAUUCCUGAAAGGUCAAAUCUCUUCCUGCUAUAUUCCAUCAUAUUCUUUUCUUAGCUCAAGAAAUGUAUUUUCCAGGCAUUUCUCCUGAUAUUUCACUGUUGCAAUCCCAUUUGCUAAAUCAAUUUUGAUAUCUUUAUAGGCAGGUAAAUAACCUUUUACGCCUGUUCAGUAAAAUAUCUUCCGGCUUAUGCCAUUCCCAUUCGCUUUGAAACUUUUUCCCAUAGUACUCAACCGAUACAACUUGGCUAAGCCUAGGAAAAGCAAUUUGUAUUAAGUGUUACAAGUAUUUAUAUGUAUUUACAAUAAUGACUAUGAAGAUAAAGUUAAAGCCAAGAUAAAACUAGUCGUGAAUGUUCUGUGUUCCCCGAAAAAAAAUACACCACCAGUCCCCCAAAACCCGAAAGAAAACUAUAUUGACUAUAAAAGAGCAGUAAAUAUGCAAUAAAUAUGAUUAAUAAAUUGAAACGUAAUUCGAUU